GGGCGGUAGCCAUGAUUAUCUCUAGGGCUCCUGGAACCCGAAGCUUCAGGCACCUUUUCUGCUUGACUCCACACCACCUCCUGCUGUUUUUAGUUGGGACCUUGGCCAACAAACUCAAUGUGCCGCAAGUGUUACUGCCGUUCAGCCGGGAGCCAGGCCGGGUGCCCUUCUUGCUGGAGGCGCAGCGCGGCUGCUACACCUGGUGAGGGGCGCCAGAGGUCGCAGGAUCUUGUCCCCACAGUGAAGAGGGACAGGCUUACAGGAGUGAGGCAUUCCACUCAUCAUGAUGCAGUAACCAUUGAGCCUUCUUAUGAAAAUGGCACCUCUUGCUCCCAAAGAGCUAUUCUUGUUGCUGAAUCCACCCAACCAAUCCGCCUCAGCAGCAUUAUUCUUGCUCGAGAAGUAGUGACUGACCAUGAACUGCGCUGUGAUGUUAAGGUCGAUGUUAUAAACAGCAUAGAAAUCGUAUCUCGCACCCGGGAGCUGUAUGUGGACGACGCGCCCCUGGAGCUGAUGGUGAGGGCUCUGGAUGCUCAAGGGAACACGUUCAGCACUUUGGCAGGCAUGGUGUUUGAGUGGAGCAUCGCCCAGGAUAACGAGUCAGCAAGAGAGGAGUUGUUUAGCAAAAUUAGGAUCCUGAAAUUCUCGGAAGCAGAAUAUUCUCCCCCUGACUACAUCAUUGAGAUGGAAAAAGAGGAGCGACAAGGAGACGUGGUUUUGGUGUCUGGGAUGAGAACGGGAGCUGCUGUGGUGAAAGUCCGAAUUUAUGAGCCAUUCUACAAGAAAGUGUCGGCAGCCUUGGUCCGUCUGCUCGUGCUGGAGAACAUAUUCCUUAUGCCAUCUCAUGAUACGUAUCUCUUAGUAGGAGCCUGCAUUAAAUACCAGGUUGCAAAAAUGGUUCAGGGAAGAAUGACAGAGGUGAAAUUUCCCCUGGAACAUUACACAUUGGAAUUGCAAGACAACAGAUGUACGAAUAAAGGUUCUCCUUCUGGGAAAGUGGCUCUACUGGAUGAGAAAACAGCCACGGUCACUGCUCUCCAACUGGGCCAAACUAACCUUGUCUUUGUCCACAAAAAUGUCCACAUGCGCUCUGUAUCUGGACUCCCAAAUGCUACCAUAUGUGUCGUGGAGCCUGGAUAUUUAGGUUUCACCGUUUAUCCUGGCGGCCGAUGGAGUCUCGAGGUGGGCCAGGUGUAUAUCAUCACAGUUGAUGUGUUUGACAAAAGCAGCACAAGGGUUCAUAUUUCAGACAAUCUCAAAAUCACGUUCCAGUUUCUGAAGGAAUAUUUUGAAGAGCAACUAAGUACUUCCAAUGGAUCUUACCAUGUGUUAAAAGCCCUGAAAGAUGGGGUUGCGGUGAUAAAUGCGACCCUGACUCCCAGCACUCAGGAGAGUACUCAGCCUAAAACGUAUGAAAUCAGUCACCAGCAAGAAGUGAAGGUGUAUUUUCCCAUCCAGCUUACACCCAGCUUUCUGGCAUUUCCCCAUUAUCCUCUGGGAAUACCAAAUCGUUACAAAGUUCAGGUGGAGGGAGGUAGUGGCAACUUCACGUGGACCUCUUCUAACGAAACGGUGGCCAUGGUCACCACCAAAGGAGUGGUCACCGCAGGUCAGGUGAGAGGGAACAGUACCAUUUUGGCACGAGAUGUACAAAAUCCUUUUCGAUAUGGAGAAAUUAAGAUAUAUGUCAUGAAGCUGAACAAAAUGGAACUGUUACCAUUUCAAGCUGAUGUGGAAAUUGGUCAGAUUAUUGAGGUCCCCAUUGCAAUGUAUCAUGUAAAUACAGAGACCAGAGAGACCAUCGCAUUCACCGACUGCUCUCACCUACCCCUGGAUCUCAGCUCGGAUAAGCAAGGAGUCUUCACUCUUUAUAAAGAAGGUAUUAAAAACCCUGGACCAAUGCACUGUUCUAGUGUGCACAUAGCAGCCGCGUCUGCAGGCCACACUGUGCUGACAGUCAGUGUGACUGGGCAUGAAGAGCAGGCUGCGAGCAGCGCCACAUUUGCUGCGUACGAGCCUCUAAAGGCUGUGAACCCGGUGGAAGUGGCCUUGGUGACGUGGCAGUCUGUGAAGGAAAUGGUGUUUGAAGGGGGCCCUCAUCCGUGGAUCUUGGAGCCUUCCCGAUUUUUUUUGGAACUGAGCAUGGAGAAGCCAGAGAGCAUUAGAGUAACAGAGGCCCGGCUGCCAGCUAAGAGGAAGCAGAACCAAUAUGUCUACCGAGUCCUGUGCCUGGAUUUAGGAGAACAAGUCCUCACGGUACGGAUUGGGAAUCACCCAGGUGUUCUGAACCCUAGUCCCUCUGUGGAAACAGUGCAGGUGCGCUUCAUCUGUGCCCACCCUGCCAGCAUGUUGGUGACACCAGUGUACAAGGUGGCAACUGGCACUCAGCCAUGUCCUCUGCCGCAGUACAACAAGCAGCUGAUUCCUGUGUCCAGCCUCAGGGACUCAGUCCUGGAACUGGCAGUAUUUGAUCAACAUGGGAGGAAGUUUGAUAAUUUCAGUUCAUUAAUGCUCGAAUGGAAAUCUUCCAAUGAGACGCUAGCCCAUUUUGAAGACUCUAAGUCAAUGGAGAUGGUAGCCAAAGAUGAUGGCAGUGGACAGACCCAUUUGCACGGCCAUCAGAACCUUAAAGUCCAUCGAACGAAGGGGACUGUGCUCAUUGCAGUCAACUUCGUGGGCUAUUCAGGAAAGAAAAGCUCUGAGGAAACUUCCCACUCGCCCAGAUCUGCAGUGGCGGAGCUGCUCCUGGUGGAGGAUGUCACCGUGCGGCCUGAGAACGCUACCAUCUACAACCACCCUGACGUGAAGGAAGUACUUCGCCUUGUGGAAGGGUCUGGCUACUUCCUAGUCAACAGCAGUGAGCAAGAUAUCGUCACCAUCAUUUACGCGGAGGCAGAAAGCUCUAUCCAGGUGGUUCCAGUACAUCCUGGAUUUCUAACCUUGGAAGUGUACGACCUGUGCUUGGCUUUCUUGGGUCCAGCAACUGCCCGGCUCAGGGUGUCAGACAUACAGGAGGUGGAGCUGGAUCUGAUCGACAAGGUUGAGAUUGGCAAAACCGUGUUAGUGGUUGUGAGGGUUCUUGGCUCUUCCAAACACCCUUUUCGGAACAAAUACUUCAGAAACAUGGAUGUCAGACUUCAACUGGCAUCUGCCAUUGUCACCCUGAGGCUGAUGGAGGACCAGGAUGAGUACUCUGAAAACUAUGUGCUCCGUGCCGUCACCGUUGGGCAAACCACACUUGUGGCCACUGCCACAGACAGGAUGGGGAGGAAGUUCACAUCCACACCGCGGCACAUCGAGGUAUUUCCUCCAUUCAGACUUGUCCCGGAGAAAAUGACACUGAUCACAACUAACAUGAUGCAGAUAAUGUCUGAAGGCGGCCCUCAGCCGCAGUCCAUCAUCCACUUCUCCAUCAGCAAUCAGACGGUAGCUGCUGUUACCAGGCGGGGACAAGUCACGGGGAAAGUGGUCGGCACAGCCGUGGUGCACGGCACCAUCCAGACAGUGAAUGAAGACACCGGCAAAGUCAUUGUGUUCUCCCAGGAUGAAGUCCAGAUUGAAGUUGUCCAGCUACGGGCUGUGAGGAUCUUGGCAGCCGCAACCCGACUCAUCACAGCCACUGAGAUGCCAGUUUACGUCAUGGGAGUGACUAGUACCCAGACUCCUUUCUCCUUCAGCAAUGCCAGCCCCAUGCUCACUUUCCACUGGUCCAUGAGUAAGCGGGAUGUGCUGGAUCUGAUACCCAGGCAUUCAGAGGUGUCUCUGCAGCUUCCAGCAGAGAACAACUUUGCCAUGAUUGUUCACACAAAAGCGGCUGGCAGAACAACGAUCAAGGUCACGGUCCGCAGUGAGAGCAACUCCUUUGGGCAGUUUGAGGGGAGUGUGCUGGAACUGUCUGACGAGAUCCAAAUCCUGGUGUUUGAAAAACUCCAGCUCUUCUAUGCAGACUGCCAACCUGAGCAGAUUCUGAUGCCCAUGAAUUCUCAGCUCAGGCUCCACACCAACAGAGAAGGCGCAGCCUUUGUGAGUUCCCGUGUUCUCAAGUGUUUCCCGAAUUCCUCAGUAAUUGAAGAAGAUAGCCAAGGGCUCCUGAGAUCUGGGUCCAUUGCGGGCACUGCAGUGUUAGAAGUCACUUCUAUAGAACCUUUUGGAGUCAAUCAAACAACCAUAACUGGAGUCCAGGUAGCACCAGUGACGUACCUUCGAAUGAGCAGCUACCCCAAGCUGUACACAGGCCAAGGAAGAACCCUAUCAGCCUUUCCCUUGGGCAUGUCUCUCACCUUUAUUGUUGAGUUUUAUAAUAACAUUGGAGAGAAAUUCCACACCCACAAUACUCGACUUUAUAUGGCUCUGAACAGAGAUGACUUGCUGCUUAUUGGACCAGGAAACAGAAACUAUACAUACAUGGCCCAGGCUGUGAACAGAGGGGUGACGGUUGUGGGGCUCUGGGACCAGCGGCAUCCUGGCAUGGCGGAUUAUAUUCCUGUUGCUGUAGAACAUGCCAUUGAGCCAGACACCAAUCUUACCUUUGUUGGCGAUGUCAUCUGCUUCAGCACUCACCUCGUCAAUCAGCAUGGUGAGCCUGGGCUGUGGAUGAUUUCUCCCAACAAUGUUAUACAGACAGACACAGCCACUGGAGUGGGAGUGGCUAGGAGCCCAGGAACUGCAACCAUCUUUCAUGACAUCCCUGGAGUUGUGAAGACAUUUCGAGAGGUGGUAGUCAAUGCUUCGUCAAGAUUAACAUUCAACUAUGACCUCAAGACUUACCUCACAAAUACCCCCAACGCAACUGUGUUCAAACUCUUCAUCAGCACCGGCAGAAAUGAUGUCAACCUUAAAGGGUCCUGUACCCCAAGUCAGGCUUCCGCUGUUGCAAAUGUUCUUCUUCCCGAGACACUCGUGCUAUGCCACGUGCAGUUCAGUAACACUUUACUAGACAUCCCAGCAAGUAAAGUCUUCCACAUCCAUUCCGAGUUCAGCAUGGAGAGAGGGGUCUAUGUCUGCCUAAUCAAGGUUCGACAGAAUUCAGAGGAACUGCGCCAAGCCCUAAGUGUGGCCGACACCUCGGUAUAUGGGUGGGCAACUUUGGUCAGUGAACGCAGCAAGAAUGGAAUGCAGAGAAUCCUCAUUCCUUUCAUCCCUGGUUUUUACAUGAACCAGUCAGAGUUGGUUAUUAGCCACAAAGACAUUGGAGAACUCAGAGUCCUUGGAGUGGAAAGAGUUCUUGAGAGUCUAGAGGUCUUUUCCAGCUCCCCAUUUCUAGCAGUCUCUGGCCAUAGGCACUCUACCCUCACGACAGGCCUGGUUAUCUACCUAGUAAGAGCAGUCAACUUCACCGCCUUCCAGUUGUCCUCACCGGUUUUCAUUAACAUUUCCUGCACACUCACCAGUCAGCAUGAGGCCGUGGUGGUCAGAGCCAAAGACCUAUCUGGUUCAGAUCACUGUGAAGAUUCAGGUGUCUUCAAGAAUGUUGCUGGUUCUUACCAGAUCCUCCUAUUUACCCUCUUUGCUGUGCUGGCAUCAACUGCUUUCAUCUUCCUAGCAUACAAUGCCUUCCUGAACAAGAUACAGACUAUUCCAGUUGUCUAUGUACCAACUAUAGGAACACCUCAGCCAGGUAAAGAACCGCCACCCUCAUCUUUCAUAGCUUCAGCUAUGUGCUUCACUUACGUGCCUUCGCUAUUUCCUUUUUCUUCCAGGUUCUUACACAACCACAUGUUCUCCCCCUCACUUCCUGAGGCCACAGCCCCCUCUAGUACAGAGUCGGCUACAACACUGGUUAUGGAGUCUAAAGCACUAACCUAAAUACGGACACAUCCCUUCACUGCAGAGUGGAGGAGACACCUAAUUCUGCAGAAGCCUAGUAGCAAACUUUACACUAAAGCUCCAAAACAAGUUUUCUGUGUGCUAUAAAUAAAGAAUCUUAAAUGGUUUGUUUAA